UAGCAGUUAAGAGGCUGUCGCUGAGGACUGGAUGUGUGCAGAAGAGAAUGGGCUAGCCAUGAAGGUGGAGGUGCAGUGCCAGGCUGGAGACGUGUUAUGCCCUCCCGCAGUAUGUUAGACAUUUGCAGACUGAGAAACAUAGGCAACCUGCCAUUUCUCUGUGCCCAGAAAAUCAACAGUGUUGGAAGUAGUAAUGCCGACAUUGCAGUCCCCAAGCUUGGAAUGUACCAGCUAGAUGUUACUUUGAAGAGAGGAACUCAUUUAGCUGCUCGGGAUCGUGGAGGGACAAGCGACCCUUAUGUGAAAUUUAAAAUUGGUGGAAAGGAAGUGUUUCGGAGUAAGACAAUACAUAAGAACCUCAAUCCAGCGUGGGAUGAAAAAGUCUGCCUUCUGAUUGACACUCUUAAAGAACCUUUAUAUGUAAAGGUGUUCGAUUAUGAUUUUGGUCUGCAAGAUGACUUUAUGGGAUCAGCAUUUCUUGAUCUGACUACAUUAGAGUUGCAAAGUACUAAGGAUAUUGCAUUGAAUUUGAAGGACCCACAGCACCCUGACCAUGUACUGGGAACCAUACAUCUGUCUGUCCUUCUGUCUCCAAAAGACAAUAUAUCUAUUGAUUCAUCUUUACCAAUAAUUAAGUCUGCAGAGCCGACAAUGCUAAUAAAGAAGAAUUGGAAAAGAUCAAGUAAGUUUCAGACACAAAGUUUACGCCUCACUGACUUGCACAGAAAAACUCAGCUAUGGAGAGGGAUUGUAAGCAUCACUCUUAUUGAGGGACAGGAGCUCAAAGCCAUGGAUGCCAAUGGACUAAGUGACCCUUAUGUGAAAUUCAGACUGGGGCAUCAGAAAUACAAGAGCAAGACUCUUCCAAAGACAUUGAAUCCUCAGUGGAGGGAGCAAUUUGAUAUGCAUCUUUUUGAAGAACGAGGAGGAGUAAUAGAUAUCACAGUAUGGGACAAAGAUGCUGGCAAAAGAGAUGAUUUCAUUGGAAGAUGCCAAGUUGACCUGUCGGCCUUAAGCAAAGAACAGACGCACAAACUGGAGCUGAAACUGGAAGAAGGAGAAGGAUGCCUGAUCCUUCUGGUGACGCUGACAGCCUCAGCUGCCAUCAGUGUUUCUGACCUCUCUGUCAGCUGUUUGGAAGAUCAGAAAGUGCGAGAAGAAAUUCACAGGCGAUACAGUCUUAUGCGGUCUUUAAGCAAUCUAAAGGAUGUGGGGUUUCUUCAAGUGAAGGUCAUCAGAGCAGAUGGUUUGAUGGCAGCUGAUGUCACAGGUAAAAGUGACCCAUUUUGUGUAGUUGAGCUGAACAAUGACAGACUGAUGACUCACACAGUAUACAAGAACCUUAAUCCUGAGUGGAACAAAGUAUUUACAUUUAACAUCAAAGACAUCCAUUCGGUCCUGGAAGUGACCGUAUACGAUGAAGACAGGGAUCGGAGCGCAGACUUUCUGGGCAGAGUUGCGAUACCUUUGCUGAGUAUUCAAAAUGGUGAACAGAAAGCCUACGUCUUGAAAAACAAGCAGCUGACAGGGCCAACAAAGGGGGUCAUCUAUCUUGAAAUAGAUGUGAUGUUUAAUGCUGUGAGAGCCAGCUUGGGGACACUUGUUCCAAAAGAGCAAAAGUAUAUCGAGGAAGAUCCCAGACUUUCGAAACAGUUGCUGCUGAGGAACUUUAUCCGCAUGAAACGGAGUGUCAUGGUGCUCAUCAAUGCAGCCUACUACAUUAACAGCUGCUUUGAUUGGGAAUCACCCCAAAGAAGUCUUGCUGCUUUCUUGCUUUUCCUUCUUGUGGUUUGGAAUUUUGAACUCUAUAUGAUCCCAUUGGCAUUACUGCUGAUACUAGUUUGGAACUAUUUCUUGAUGGUGUCGGGGAAGGAUAACAGGACCCAAGAUAUGGUAGUGGAGGACAUGUUAGAGGACGAGGAAGAGGAGGAUGAAAAAGAUGACAAGGACAGCGAGAAGAAAGGUUUUAUGAACAAACUCUACGCCAUUCAAGAAGUCUGUGUUAGCGUACAGAGCGUUCUUGAUGAAGUGGCCUCUAUUGGUGAGAGGAUAAAGAAUACGUUCAACUGGACGGUCCCGUUCCUAACAUGGCUGGCGAUCAUUGCCCUCUGUCUCCUUACUGCAGUGCUGUAUUUUAUUCCACUCAGAUACAUUGUCCUUGCGUGGGGCAUUAAUAAAUUUACAAAGAAAAUACGAAGUCCAUACAUGAUAGACAACAAUGAGAUUCUGGAUUUUCUAUCAAGAGUUCCCUCUGAUGUCCAGCUGGUGCAGUAUCGUGAACUGAAACCGGAUCCUAACCAAAGCCCAAGCAAAAGGAAGAAAAAUAAUCUCGGCUAAGAAACUCAACGCAUCAGGGAGAAAGGCAUCUGCAUGCAAGAGAUAAAAAAGACAGCCUACAGCCCUCUUGUGCAGUUUCCUUCCUUACAUUACCUUAUAAUAUAAUUUUUUACCAUAACGGAGACAUUUUGUAAAUAUUGUAUAAAGGCAGAUACCACUGUAUAAAACUAGUUUGAUAAAA